AUGUCAGAAAGACCAAGUAGAAAGAAAGCUACAGCAUAUGAUAAGGAUACGGAGAAUGGUUCAAUUGUAAAUAUGUUAACUUCAAAUGUGCAAGGAGAUUCUUCAAGAAAUCAAGUGACCAAUCAAACAAACCAAGGUACUUCAGUAAGUACUGGUUCCAUUCAAGAUCAGAACCACGCAGACUUGGUGAAAACCAAGAAUCUUGGUCCCAAAUAUCAACAACCCCCACCAAUUCUAAAUCAACAAGUUCAGGAUGAUACCAAUGAACUUGAGAGUCAAGAUGGAGAGCAUGUCCAUUAUGCGGUUGUUGAUGUGUGGUUUAUUUGUAAAUUGAAAGAAAAUUGUUGGGAAACAAGAAACCUGAACAGAAUUGCAUGA